AUGUCCUUAAGUCUAGCUUUACUGAUUGUACCUGUCGGCGUUGGACGAUUCCUGUUGAAUUUUAAAGGAAAAGAUUCUACAUCAAAGCAUGAUGCGAUUGCCUUAGUUGGCGGCUUUACUGUCCUGGGACUGAUGCUUCGCUUGGCUCCUUGCAUACCUAUCGCUUUCACCGGGUUAUGGCGUAUCAUUACUUUACUUGGACAAUGUAGUAAUCUUAUUUCCUGGUCAAGGCCAUUGCGUGUAUUUAGGAUUUGGACUCGUUUGGGUACGACUUGUGAAAUUACCAUACGAAGACCUGCACUGCCAAUGACUCCUAUGGCUGAUCUUAAUCGGCGUUGUGGAUUUAGAUUUUUCACCGAUACAAAUAUCGGAGUAUGUGCUCAAAAUUGUUUUCGCGCUUCACUGAAUUGGUUACGGCUCUCACUUGUCGCGGCUGUACUACUUGGCAUCCUGCCAACAGCCUUAGGACUAUUGGUUAAUUUUAUCUUCAUUGUGCCGUUCCGCGUUGGAGCUAGAAAAUCUAUUGUCAUUGGAUUCUGGGAGCAUUGGAUAUUCGGUAUGAUGCUCUUGAAAGUGUCUAUUUUACUUAUUCUAAUUGGACCUCCUUGGUGGUUGCGCAAUCGUUUAGAGAUCUUCCACGAUGAAAUCUUACAUCAUCGACAAGAUGCUCGUGCUACUCGUCUACUCUGGGCAAUUGCACCAUUGCUCGUAGCUAUUGGAUUAUCUUUAAGUGUACCUUUUUUGCUAGCGCAUUAUAUUAGUCCACUAUUUGCAUUAGAUAGAACAGUCGCCUUCCGCUAUGUGUACCCAUCUCUUUUCGUCUUGGCUGUGCUUGUUUUCUUAUGUGCUUUGUGCAUCGACCAGAUACGACGUCUCUACAUACAUAUUAAAGAUGAAAAAUAUUUAGUUGGGAGACAACUAGUGAAUUUUCGUCCACCAUCACCAAGUCAGUCUUUGAUCCCAGCAUCGUCAAUCAGAAGUGAUUAA